UGUAACUCCAUGCGCGCACCUUAUCACAAUUGCUUCUUUUAUCUUUCUACUCCAAAUUAAAACAAACAAUUUUAUAUUUACAAAAAAGAAAAGAAAGAAAGAAGCAUAAGAUAGAAGGAUAAAGGAGAGGAUGGAAAUGCCUUCGAAAUUCGACCCUCCUGAUAAUUCUAUCACAACAUCUCUAGCUGCAAUAAGAACUCAUCCACAACACGACCAUAGCCAAUUCUCAAGAAGCAUUUCCCACAAAGAACCCUCUUUCUCAGAAGCUUCAUCGUGCACUCCGCCGCGUUUAAGCUCAACUUCCCUUACCAAUCCACGCCUUUACGUUUCCCAGCCUUCCACUCCACGCCUUAAUUCCUUCACAUCGCCUUCAAAGCAAGAUGACCUUCACACAAUUUAUCGGUGCAUUUCGUCGGUGCUCAAGAAGGACGGCGCGAUUUUGUCCGUCGCGGCAUCCAACGGUCUGGUUUACACGGGUUCACAAAGCAGCGUGAUUCGGAUAUGGAAGUUGCCGGAGUUCACGGAAUGCGGUCAACUCAAGUCAAAGGCGGGCAUGGUGGUGGCGCUAGAAGUGUCGAAUGAUAAAGUGUAUGCGGCUUAUGCUGAUUGUAAGAUCCGGGUUUGGCAUCGGACUUGGGAAGGUACGAUAAAGCAUGUCCGGCUGGCGACGAUUCCGAGGACGGUAGGUUAUGUCCGGAGCUACAUCAUCGGCAAAGAUAAGCUGAUGAAACAUGCGGGGCCAAUAACUUCACUGGCAAUCAACGUAUCAGAUGACAUCCUUUACUCAGCAUCCGUCGAUAGAACCGUCAAUGUGUGGAGAAUUUCCGAUCUAAAAUGUAUCGAAACAAUUCACGCCCAUCAGGAACCAAUCAACGCCAUAGUCGUCGCCGACGACGGCGUCCUCUUCACCGCCUCCGACGACGCCUCCAUCAAGGUGUGGCGGCGCAACUUCUGCAGCGGCGACCGGCCCCAUUCCCUGAUCGUCACCCUCCCGGCCAAAUACUCACCGGUCAAGGCGUUGACCUUGGCAUCCGACGGCGGCAUCCUCUAUGGUGGAUGCUCCGACGGCUACGUGCAUUACUGGAUGAAGGGUUGGUUUUCCAGCCAGCUGCAAUACGGCGCCGCACUUCAAGGCCAUACGCACGCGGUGAUGUGCUUAGCCAACAUGGGGAAUUACGUGGUGAGCGGGUCGGCCGAUUCGAGUUGUCGGGUUUGGAUCCGGGACCCAGAAGAUGGUCAGCACCAAUGUUUGGCCGCGCUUCAAGGCCACAGGGGGCCGAUCAGGUGCGUCGCGACGUUCCUUGGUCGGAAUUUGUCAGCCAAUCAUGAGGAGGUGGAAGAUGGUUGUACGAUUUGUACGGGGAGUCUUGAUGGAGUUCUCAAAGUGUGGCGGGUCAAAUGUAGAAGCUCUAAUGUCCGAAGUACCAUGCAAAGCAAUUGCGAGUACUUUGACCUUGCAUGAAGUUAGUCUUAAAGACUUCAGCCAAAUUUGUCUAUCUGAUCAAAGUCGUAUGUCUUGGUUUUAGGUGGUGCGGAAAAACCGCAGUUUAAAAUAAAUUACUUUCAUGAAACCAAGUGAAUAUAUAACAAAGACUACGUAUAAUUUUCUAAAGUAUUCCCCAAAAAACAUCUUAG